UUUCCCAAUUAUAAUAUGUCUGUGUUUAUUAUCAUUUCAUUUGGACUUAGUUUUAGGAUAACAGCGGGCGUCGAUUGGUUCCAAAUUUUGGAUUAUGUAAAAUAGUAUAAUAUUUAACCACAGUGUUGUGUUUCAACUACACUCAACAUAGUAUCAUGAUGAGGAGCUUCAUCAUCAUCACAGUGCUGUCAGCACUCGCAGCCUGCUGUAGUGCUGCUGUUCUUGAGGACGAGGAGAAGAUGAUUCAUAUUGUAUACGAUGAACAGUUUCCUAAUGGAACGAUUGUGUCCGACGCAGAGUUUGAUGCCAGAUUUAAAAGUGUAACACCAUUAGCCGAAUGGCGAGCUCUAUCGCCGGCAAUCUCUCGACAAGAGCAGACAAUGGGUUUGACGUACACCGGUGAUCCCGGAGAUUUAAUAUCAAGAAUUACUUUUACUCAAUACGGAAAACCUCGAGUUCAUUAUACUCAAUUAAUGAGAAGUACCAUUUCAAUUGUAAUUACAUCUCGAUCUGGUGUAGGACUUAACUCACUAGUGCAGAUAAUGAGGAGCUUCAUCAUCAUCACAGUGCUGUUAGCGCUCGUAGCCUGCUGUAGUGCUACUGCCCUCUCGAGACAAGAAGACGGUUACAUCACAACUACCGAGUACGAGAAUGGAACGAUUGUCAACGGUGCAGACUUGGAAUUUUCAAACGUGAUAACUUUAUUAUCCGAGUGGCGUUGUGAAGCUCCGUCAAUAGCUGGCCAGUCGCAGACCAUUACAUUGAAAUAUGUAGGUGAUACCAGCGAAAGAAUAGUGAGAAGAGUCACAUCUAUCUUCGGCGACCCUCACGUACAGCAGACUCCACUGGGAAGUAAUAUCUAUGAAAUGACUCUCACUUCGCGUCCCGGUGUGAGAAUAUCUGCUAGUUUCCAUAUAUACGGGUAAAUAGGUCUUGGAGUUUGUUCGCAAACUUCACUGUACCCAUAUACUGCUAUGCCUGUAUAUUGUUAUCUUAAGCCAACACUUAUACUA